AUGGGCCGCGCAUCAGCAGCUCUUUUUGCAGUUGCGCUUGCCAUUUGCAGCACUGUGCCGGCAGUCGGCACGAACGCCAAUGCGGCCAAUAGCCGAAUGUCAUCGGACUCAUCCUUGCAAGCGGGAGAGGCCACCGCACGGACAGGUUUGCGAUCCUCGCAUUCGGUGAUCCUGAAGCGUGCCAACAUUUCGGCGUCCGAGAAAAUGCAGCACAUCAAGGCCGCCAUGAAGGGCAAGAACGAUGCCUUCAGCCGAGUUGUCCACAAGACAGCGUAUUACGGCAACAUUCACAUUGGCAAGCCGGCGCAGACCAUAACCGUCGUGUUCGACACAGGCAGUGGCAACCUGAUGGUCCCAUCCACGCUUUGCACGGACAGCGCCUGCCAGAGGCACAAGCGUUUCGAUCCCUCUUUGUCCAAGACUGUGGUGAACAUGCAGUCGGGUGGACAGCCGGCUGGCGCUUUCGAGUCACGGGACCAGCUAACCGUCACAUUCGGCACAGGGGAGAUCACGGGCGUCUUCCUGAAAGAUGAUGUUUGCAUCGGCAACCUUUGCGCGAACAUGGAGUUCAUCGGUGCUUCCCACGAAACCGAGGAGCCCUUUGGGUCCUUCAACUUCGAUGGCGUCCUGGGCCUGGCUCUGUCUGGAAUGACCCAGGGCCCCAACUUCAGCCUCAUGAACCGCAUGGAAGCAGCGGGCAACCUGAAGCAUGGGUUGUUCUCCGUGUUCUUGUCGGAUUCGGACGACGAAGACUCUGAGAUCACGUUCGGCGACAUCAAGGAGGAGCGCAUGGUGGGCCAGAUGUUUUGGGUGCCGGUCUCCAGGAAAACCGGCUACUGGCAGGUGCAGAUGGAGGAUAUCGCUUUCAACAACAAAAGGCAGAGUCUGUGCUCAGACUGCCAGGUGGCGGUGGACACCGGCACCUCGAUGUUGGCAGGACCUAGCCACGUGAUUGAUGCUUUGACCUCCCGGCUCAAAGUUCGCCACGACUGCUCGAACUACGACGACCUGCCAGAUCUUGGCUUCAUCGUGUCUGGGCAUGUCAUGAACCUGAAGCCCGCCGAGUACGUGGACAACAGUGGUGGGUACUGCUCCCUCUCCCUGAUGAGUUUGGAUGUGCCGCCCCCGAACGGGCCACUCUUCAUCUUUGGCGAUCCUUUCCUCCGAAAGCAGCUUGGUGGAAUCGUCAUGUCUGGUGGAUACUCGAAGAGCGAUGCCAGUGCGGCCCCCAUGGAGUUCGGCUACUGGAAGAUUCGGGGCCUGGGCUCCGUGUUCCGGAUGCUCUUCGAGUACAAGGAAGCCAAGUACGAGGACAAGCAGUACGAAACGGGGGAAGACUGGUUCAAGGGUCGCAAGCCCGCGAUUCUGGAGAUGAAUCCGCUGGCGAACCUCCCGUACCUGGUCGAUGGUGACAAGUGCGUUUGCCAGACGAAUGCUAUCUUGCACUACCUGGGCGACAAGUACGGCCUCAAUGGCAGCACCGACGCCCAGAAGGUGCGCACGGAGGAACUCCUCGCAGAGAUCUACGACGUGCGAAAUGGCAUGAUCGACCUGGUGUAUCCAUUCAAGAAUGCGACCCGUGACGAGGCGGAGUUCAAGACAAAGGCGGAGGGGCUUUCCGGUUCACCCCCGUUCGGCAAGUUUGAGGCCAUUCUUGGCUUCAAGGACAAUGCGUCGGGUGGCAAGUGGUUUGUCCUUGCAGAUGGCCCCGGUGUGGCAGACUUCCACAUUUGGGAAAUGUUGGACCAGCAUAAGAUGCUUGCUGAGAAGAUGGGUGCCGCACCAAUCCUCGAGAAAUUCCCAAAGUGCAAGGCUUUCUACGAGGCUUUCCGGGCCCUGCCCACACUGCAGAAGUACUUCGCGUCUGACGCAUACAAGCUGGACAUCAACAACAAGAUUGCAGGCCCCUACUUCAGGUGA